UAAUAUCAUCAUCACUGAAAAUAUAGAUCACCGAAAACGAUAGAUAAAUGUAAUCAACCACCGCAUGACAGUCCCGUGACCUCAAUGUAAAGAUAAGACUUUUAAAAUAGUAUACAAAGUCAUCAUGGCUUAUGCUGUGUUUGGUUUUAUCAUACAUAUUUUCUUAAUCUCUUCUGCACUGUGUCAGACACAAAAACCUAAUAUCCUGUUCAUCCUUGCUGAUGACUAUGGCUACAAUGAUAUUGGUUACCAUGGCGCCGACAUCAGGACACCAAACCUUAACAAGCUGGCUGACGGGGGUGUUAUACUGGAGAACUACUAUGUCCAACCCUUGUCCACGCCGACACGUAGUCAGCUAAUGUCUGGUCGCUAUCAGAUACAUACUGGAUUACAACACGGUGACAUCACCAACGCCCAACCCAAUGGUCUUCCUCUCAACAGUCCAACACUCGCUGAUAAAUUGAAAGAGGCUGGCUAUUCCACGCAUGCUGUGGGCAAAUGGCAUUUGGGCUUCUACAAGAAAGAUUUCAUGCCGAUGAAUAGAGGCUUCGAUACCCACUACGGAUUUCUAACAGGCAGCGAAGAUCAUUAUAACCAUGAGGAUGUGCCUUGGUUUCAAAGGGAAAACCUGACGUUGUGCGGUACAGAUUUCCGGGAUGGAUUUCAGCCUGUCAAUAGCACUACAACCUACUCGACUGAACUCUAUAGAGACCGGGUAGUGGAAAUCAUCAGCAAACACGACACAGCAAAGCCUCUAUUCCUGUACCUUGCACUGCAGGCCGUCCACACACCACUUCAGGUCCCAAAGAAAUAUCUUGAAAGUGUAUCUUACCUAUAUGGUCCACGUAAAAUAUAUGCAGGUAUGGUAGUUGCUAUGGAUCAAGCCAUUGGGGAAAUUGUGUCGGCAUUUCAAGUAAAGGGAAUAUGGAACAACACCCUUUUGAUAUUUUCUACUGACAAUGGUGGACUUGUAAAGCACGGCGGAGGCAGUAAUUGGCCACUACGAGGUUUCAAGGGCUCGCUUUGGGAAGGUGGAAUCAGAGGCGUUGCAUUCGCCCAUGGUGACGUUCUAGGGCGGAGUCAAGUUGUCUCUAGAGAUCUUAUGCACGUCUCCGAUUGGUAUCCUACGCUCGUGGGUCUGGCCGGAGGUUCCCUUAAUGGAACACAGCCAUUGGAUGGCAUUGACCAAUGGAAAAUGCUAAGCGGAGGAAGCGCCAGUGCAAGAGAAAUCCUUCUCCAUAACAUCGACCCUCUUACAGGCCCUAUUGGGGAGCGGAUGUAUAACGAUACCUUUGAUACGAGAGUGAGAGCUGCACUACGAUGGAGGCAAUGGAAAGUCUUAACCGGAAAUCCAGGUAAUGGCAGCUGGGUUCCGGGAGAUUGUUCCGGUCUAGAAACAAAGCGUGGAAGCGGUGGGGAACCAACAAAGAAUCUGUGGUUAUUCGACCUCAGCAAGGACCCUAACGAAAUGGAUGACUUAUCUGACGUAUACCCGGACAUUACAAGGAAGUUAUUGGGGAUGCUGGAGGCAGCCAAUAGAACUGCCGUGCCGUGUAGUUUCCCUGACCCAGAUCCUGAUUCUAAUCCUACGAAUUUUGAUGGAUUUUGGGGACCUUGGUUAUUGUAGUAAGUGUAUGGUUGGUCCAGUUACAACCCAUUUACACGCACUACACUAAAAACAUAAAAGAUUUAAGUUAAAGAGUGAAUGAGAUAUAUGUUACACCAGCUUUGGUUUGAAACGUCGGCCAUUGUUUUCGAUGAAAAUGAACAUCUAACAAAAUUGAAUAAUGUAGAAAUUGUAUAUGCUUAGAUACUAUGAUGUCAAUUUGAGCUACAUAUAAAACAGUUGUGUAUUUAUCUUGUUCACACGGACUCGCAGACAAUAUCCACUUUUACUAAGUGGGAGUGGGUAUACAUGUAAAACAAUGUCAGACAUUUGACAAAAUAAAGUCAGUUUUAAAGGUUUGA